AUGCGAAACUGGCUGGUGCUGCUGUGCCCGUGCGUGCUCGGGGCCGCGCUGCAUCUCUGGCUGCGGCUGCGCUCCCCGCCGCCCGCACGCGCCUCCGCCGGCCACCCCGCAGAUCAACUGGCCCUGUUUCCUCAGUGGAAAUCUAGUCACUAUGAUGUGGUAGUUGGUGUGUUGUCAGCCCGCAAUAACCAUGAACUUCGAAAUGUGAUAAGAAGCACCUGGCUGAAACAUUUAACACAGCAUCCCGAACUAAGUCAACGUGUGCUGGUGAAGUUCAUAAUAGGAGCUCGUGGCUGUGACGUGCCUGUGGAGGACCGGGAAGACCCUUACUCCUGCACACUGCUCAACAUCACGAACCCAGUUUUGAAUCAGGAAAUUGAGGCGUUCAGUUUAUCUGAAGACACUUCAUCAGGGUUCUCUGAGGACCGAGUCGUCAGCGUGAGCUUUCGAGUUCUCUACCCAAUCGUUAUUACCAGUCUCGGGGUGUUUUAUGACGCCAGUGAUGAGGGUUUCCAAAGGAACAUCACCGUCAAGCUUUAUCAGACAGAACAGGAGAGCUUUGAAGGUACAAUCGUGUGGGAGAGCCAAGACCUCCAAGGCCUUGUGUCCCGGAAUCUCCACAGGGUGGCAGUGAAUGAUGGAGGAGGGGUCCUCAGAGUCGUCGCAGCUGGGGAGGGUGCAUUGCCUCAUGAAUUCAUGGAAGGCGUGGAGGGAGUUGCUGGUGGUUUUAUUUAUACUAUUCAGGAAGGUGAUGCUCUUGUACAGAACCUUCAUUCUCGCCCACAAAGAAGUAUUGAUCAUAUAAGAAAUCUCCACGAGGAAGAUGCCUUACUGAAGGAGGAGAGCAGCGUCCAUGAUGAUAUUGUUUUUGUGGAUGUCGUUGACACGUAUAGAAAUGUUCCUGCAAAGUUGUUGAACUUCUAUAAAUGGACUGUGGAAACAACCAGCUUUGAUUUAUUGCUAAAGACAGAUGACGACUGUUACAUAGACUUAGAAGCUGUAUUUAAUAGAAUUGCCCACAAGAACCUGGAUGGACCCAAUUUUUGGUGGGGAAAUUUCAGGUUGAACUGGGCGGUGGAUCGGACGGGAAAGUGGCAGGAGCUGGAGUACCCCAGCCCUGCUUACCCGGCCUUCGCGUGCGGGUCCGGGUACGUGGUCUCCAUGGACAUCGUCCACUGGCUCGCCAGCAAUGCAGGGAGGUUGAAGACUUAUCAGGGGGAAGACGUGAGCAUGGGCAUCUGGAUGGCAGCCAUCGGACCUAGAAGAUACCAGGACGGCCUGUGGCUGUGCGAGAAGGCCUGUGAGCCGGGGAUGCUGUCUUCCCCUCAGCACUCGCCCCGGGAGCUGGCCGACGUCUGGAAGCUGAAGGAGCUGUGCGGCGACCCUUGUCAGUGUGGCGCGAGAUGACCAUCGGGAGGCGCUGUGCUGAGUGGAGAGCCGAGGAGAGCCGGGGGUCUGGCAGGGGGCGCCCGUCGGGAGGUCGGGGCGGGCACUCCUGGGACCGCCGGUAUUAGCGUUUGCACAGAGCUUCCUUUUCUAAAGUCAACCCUGAUGCUGUAGCAUAAGAAAAAUUUAUUUAUAUAUUGGAAGAUUUGAAAAAUACCAAAUAGUUUAUAAAAGAAACAUUAUUUCUAAAUCCUGAUGCAUCAUUUUUGGUUAAAAGUUGGCUUGUUCAGAAAUCUUUAGUAACUGAGAGUUGGUAUUUCAGCCUGGAUUGCAGAAUAGCUUCAUAUAGCAUAAUUAGGACAGUUAAUGUGGGACAAAAACAACUCUCAGAAACGCCGUGUGAUCACUGUGAGCAGUGGUCACUUAUACCAAAGUCUGGGGUUUCUGAAAAUACAUUUUCUGUGGAUGUCUGAAUGAAGUGGGCAGCUUAGACUUGGAAAAAAACCAAUUUAAUUCUCAGUCCUGGACGUUGGUUUUAAAAAUUAAUUUAUUAUUCAGGGUCUAAUGCAAGUUUUCUUUUGCCAUUUCCCAUGAGUCCUGAAAGUCACAGUUUACUACUCCUAUUUAAAAAAUGCUAAAUUUUUGUGAGUAUAAAAACAAAUGCCUCUCAGGGUUUCAGGGCCAUAAGGAAGGAUAUUUCUAAAUAAUUGACAUUUUGAAAGAAUUUUGCUUUCCUCCCAUCUUUGCCUAAUGUUGCCUAAUAGCAGUGCAUUUCAGUCAGAGCUGGGGAUCUUUCAGAGAAGAAUAUAGGCUGAGCUUAGGUGUGACUGCGAGGGAAAGCAUGCGGUCGGUUUCUCUAAGUGCUCUAGAAACAGUGCAAUUGAGACGAGAAAUCGUAGCAUGUAUAUUGUACAUAGUGGAGGAUGUGCCCCCAAGUUUUAAGGGACUUUUCCCUAAAUGACCAACCAAAUCAUUUUAGUAACAUUUUAAACUAGAAGUAUUAAUAGAGAAGUCUAUUAAAACUGGCCUUAUGACAUAACUGUGUUCAGAUUUUAUUAGACUAGCUAGGUUCUAUUUAAUAUGGAGAUCUUCACAUAAUAAAAUGCAGUCAUGAACUAUAAAUAUGAAAUAAAAUCAGAAAAUCAUUAGUAGGUACAAAGCCUUUAUUUUUAUAUACAAGCCUAGAAAUGGUCUCUUCCUGAAGAAAAGUACAACCUUUUCUAU